GGGCCGGGGAAUUCGGAUUAGCCUUCUCGUUGGCUGCAAUCCCCUUUUGUCCUGUCCCAGUGCGAUACGGUAUCAUAUCCUUUUGUUCUCGUUCUCAGCUGCCGCUCCUUCCUCCUCCGACCCAAAAUCCACGGCCACAUGGGAGCGAGCAGCAGCGAUCCCACUCAGGAUGGCUCAGAUGACCCCCAGAAGCGCUCUGAGAUUUAUACUUAUGAAGCUCCCUGGCACAUCUACGCCAUGAACUGGAGUGUCCGUCGCGACAAGAAGUAUCGCCUCGCCAUCGCCAGUUUGCUCGAGCAUUGCCCCAACCGCGUUGAAAUUGUUCAGCUCGACGACGUCAACGGCGAGAUUCGCUCCGAUCCUUCUCUCUCCUUCGAGCACCCUUACCCUCCCACCAAGGUCAUAUUCAUCCCGGACAAGGAGUGCCAGAGACCCGACCUCCUCGCCACCUCCAGCGACUUUCUCCGAGUCUGGCGCCUUUCCGACCCCGAUGAUAAUCCCGCCCAGCGGGUCGAGCUCAAGAGCCUCCUCAAUGGCAACCAAAACAGUGAGUUCUGCGGCCCUCUCACCUCUUUCGACUGGAACGAGGCGGAGCCCAAGCGUAUCGGCACUUCCAGCAUUGAUAAAACCUGCACAAUUUGGGAUAUCGAGAAGGAGGCCGUGGACACGCAGCUCAUUGCCCAUGAUAAGGAUGUUUACGACAUCGCUUGGGGUGGCGUUGGGGUCUUCGCCUCCGUCUCCGCCGAUGGAUCCGUUAGGGUUUUCGAUUUGCGCGAUAAGGAGCAUUCUACUAUAAUCUACGAGAGCUCCGAGCCGGACACGCCCCUGGUUCGACUCGGGUGGAAUAAGCAGGACCCGAGGUACAUGGCCACAAUCAUCAUGGACAGUGCCAAGGUCGUCAUCCUUGAUAUUCGUUUCCCUACGCUUCCGGUGGUGGAGUUGCAGAGGCACCAGGCGAGCGUGAAUGCGAUUGCCUGGGCGCCGCAUAGUUCGUGCCAUAUAUGCACCGCCGGGGAUGACUCUCAGGCGCUAAUUUGGGACCUAUCCUCCAUGGGUCAGCCGGUGGAAGGAGGAUUGGAUCCUAUCUUAGCCUAUACUGCCGGGGCAGAGAUUGAGCAGCUUCAAUGGUCGUCGUCUCAGCCGGACUGGGUUGCGAUUGCUUUCUCCACCAAGCUUCAGAUCCUAAGGAUGACGCCCGCUGAUGGCAGCUUCUCGAAGAGGGUAUGGGCAGGUUGUGAUAGCACAGUUUCUUGUCCACGUAACUUCCGGCUGGCUGUGAAGUCCAAAUCAGUGGCUAGUUGAUAACCCCCAGCGCGUCAAUGAAGGAACACAAGCGUCGCUCCGUUAUCAAACUUUUCGUAGGCCCAAUGCUUCUUACGACUAUUAUUUAUCCUUGCCGAUGG